AUGAAAAUUAAACCAUCUAGCUCUGUUUGUUUUUUAAAGUCAUUUUCUUUGGAAGAAGAACUAGCAUUUAUUAAUCAACCAACAGAACAAAAAUCAAAAGUAAAUAAAAAUAAACUUUUUGGUAAAAAUCUACAGCUUAGCAAUGCACAACUUAUAAAGCCUUAUGUUAUUGAUUACAGAGAUUUGUAUUAUUCACUUGAAAAUCAAGAUUUUGUGUUUCUUGUACUAAUGCUUUUAUCUGCACAUCCUUUUGCUAAUUUUCUGUGCAAUUUUAAGGAAAGAAUAUUAGAUUUACGAGAAUAUCCACUUUUCUCAAAAUUAAUUAAUCUUUUAGAAAUUAAAGACACGAGGUAUAUUGAUGGACUUGUACCUUUUGAAGGAUGUACUGACAUAAAACAGGGAUAUUCAUUUAUUUUAAGAUGUUUGCACCAGGAACUUAUUAGUAAUUUUCACUUUGAAGAAGAUGCUUGGAAUGUACAAAAAAAGAGUAAACAGCAUAAGAUAAUUUAUUCUGAAUAUUCUCCUAUAGUAGAAAUAUUUCAAGGAAAGUUACAAGAAGAAGUGGGUGAGGUUAAAGCGGGAAGUUUUGAAAUUAUAAAAGAUUUAGAAAUUCUUACUUCAAAUAAUUGUAAGAAAAAACCGUAUGUGAUUCUUAAAGAAGGAUCUCCUUCAUCUAAAAAAAUAGAAGGUUACAAUAUCUCAUCUUUUCUUACAGAAGACAGAAAGCUUGUAAUUUUUGCUAAUAAUAAAGUAUAUGAAUAUUACAGUAAAGGGUUUAACGAACUAGAUUACAAUGAAGAGGUUUUUAGUAAUUACAAGAAUGUUAUUUAUACAUUAUAUUCUAAAAUUAUCUAA